UCAGACAUCCGGUUUCUGACGAAUUAUCGGAAAGAAGCAGUAUCUGAUUUCAUAUUUCUCAGUGACCGUCUUCACCAGAAACGCGAUUCGUAAUGACGACAACGAAUGCAGGAUCGGAUCAUGGAAGCGAUGCUGAGACACGCAAGAUUGAGCCUCAACGACAUGACUCGGAUAUGAAGGACCGGUAUGAAGUGCCAAAUUUGACGUGCGAUCACGGUCAGCCAUCAAAGAAGGCUUUACCAGCACCCACCGCCAGAAAAAGCCAUUCAAUGACGGACGUUUAUAAUGUACCGCCAUCGACCUUGCUUUCACUAUUUUCGCGCAAGAAAGUUGCGUUAAACAAUUAUUUAGGCACCACGACAUGGACUUCGUUACUGGCUUCGCCCAACCAAGCGUGUGCUCACGAGUUUUCAAGGAUAAAUGACUGUCCUGCAGGUCAUUUUUGCGAUGCGACGAUUCAAACGUGUGUACCGCAGCAUGGGCUCGGUGAACAAUGCACACAAAGCUUAGAAUGCGCGUCGCAUUAUUGCCAUCACUCUCGCUGUGCAUCGCUUGAUAUCGAUUAUACCAAUAACUUGAAGAGUGGCCAGAUUGCCGGCAUUGUGAUUGGUGUGGUGGCCACUUUAUUCUGCUUCCUUUACUUUCUUUUAUGGUGCCAAAACAAACAAAGUCGGUUACGACUCCAACGAGCCAAGCAAUUCCAGCAGUUUCAUAAUAUUGACAGUGAGCUAUACCCACGACGCAAACAUGGUGCUAGUACCGGCCAAUGGGGCUUUCUUUCCCAGGCUUUUCGGAAACCGGCCGGUUCCAGUGACCCCGAGAACGAAGGUAUUGUUCACUCCAACGAGGUGUUAAUGCCCGACACCAAGAAAAAAACGGAAGACGAACAACGAUCCAUCACAGACACAAUCUCAACCUAUAAACCCAUAAUGCCACAGUCCAAACCUUCAGAUUCUUUUGCAUCUGACGUGUACAGCAAAUAUCAAAACGGACAAACAGCAGCAAAGCAUACGAGCAUCAUACCCAUUGGGCAACCGCUCAAACCCACGACCGCCAAUACCCCGCCAGAGAUGCCCCAGCCGCUUAAAAGACAGAGUUACGACCGACAAUCAACCUCCAGACAUAGUAUCUAUAGUCAAGGGUCGUAUACAAUAGGGCGGCCUGUCCGGCAAUCGAUGGCCAGCAGUGUCUCUACGAUCACUGAACGGACCCUGCAUCAAGGCGGACUUUGGGACGAUGGCUUGGUUUCCAGUUCAGGGUCCGAUCGGCAUUACUCACGCUAUUCUUAUCAGAGCCAACAGCAUUCGGUGUGUGCGUACGACGAUUGGAGCUAUCAUGAAGGUCCUAUAUCGCUUUCUUCUUACACGAGCGAUCAUGAUUUAGCAUCCAUAGCCAGAAAUUCCAUCGCUUCGGCAAUUACAUACCAUCAAAAAAGGUACUAAAAUCCAAUAAAAAGAAAACUCGUUCACAUCAUCAGUCAAGUUGCACAAGAGGUGACGAAAAAAGAGAAACCCAAAGCAACCAAAACCUAGCACCGAAUGAACAUGG